AUCCUCCUCCUGCUCCCAGCCGCCCAGCCAUUCUCGAUUUCCCGUCCGCCCCGCCACCAACCAACCUGCCAUGAGCCACGAAACGUCUGCUGCGUCGCUCGGCCUCGACUCCCUCGGCAUCCACAACCAAGCCACGGUCUACCACAACUUGCCGUAUGAGGCCAUUGCCGAGCACGAAGCGCGCUUCAACGAAGGCGUGUUCACUGCGAACGGCACGUUUGCAGUCGACACGGGCAAGUUUACGGGCCGAUCGCCGUUGGAUAAGUUUGUGGUGCGCCAAGCCCCGUCUGACAAGCACGUCGACUGGGGCGCGGUGAACCAACCCACGACCGUCGAAGUCUUUGACGUGUUGUACAAGAAGGCGACGCAGCACUUUUCGACGGUCGACAAAAUGUACGUGUUUGACGGGUACUGCGGCGCGAACGAAAACUCGCGCCUCAAGGUUCGCAUCAUCACGGAGCUUGCGUGGCAGCACCACUUUGUCACCAACAUGUUCAUGCGUCCGGAAUUCAAGGACGUGGCCGCGCCGUCGGCGUUUGCGGCCGACUUCACCAUCAUCAACGCGUGCAACGUUGUCGACGAAGACUGGAAAGUGCACGGGUUGCAUUCGGAAGUGUUUGUCGUGUUUAACAUUGAAGCCAAGGUGGCUGUGAUCGGCGGCACGUUUUACGGCGGCGAAAUGAAGAAGGGCAUCUUUUCCAUGAUGAACUACCUCUUGCCCCUCCGCGACAUCAUGCCCAUGCACGCGUCGGCGAACAAGGGUGUGAAUGGCGACACGGCGCUCUUUUUUGGUCUCUCGGGCACGGGCAAAACGACCCUGAGUGCCGACCCGAAGCGCCUCCUCAUCGGUGACGACGAACACGGCUGGGACGACGAAGGCAUUUUCAACUUCGAAGGUGGUUGCUACGCCAAGACAAUCAACUUGUCGCAAGAAAACGAGCCCGAGAUUUUUGCCGCCAUCCGCCGCGACGCCAUGCUGGAAAACGUGUGGCUCGACGAAAACGGUGUGCCCGACUACUACAACGUGUCCAAGACAGAGAAUGGCCGUGUGAGCUAUCCGCUGUACCACAUCGUGAACCAUGAUCCGACCGCCCAAGGCGGCCACCCCAAGGUUGUCAUCUUCUUGACGUGCGAUGCCUAUGGUGUGCUGCCCCCCGUGGCGAAGCUCACCCCUGGCCAAGCGCAAUACCACUUUUUAUCUGGCUAUACGGCCAAGGUGGCCGGCACCGAGCGCGGCAUUACCGAGCCCGUUGCGACGUUCUCUGCGUGCUUUGGCGCUGCUUUCAUGACCCAGCACCCCAUCGUGUACGCCGACUUGCUCAAGUCGAAGAUUGAGAAGCACGACACCAAGGUAUACCUCGUCAACACUGGCUGGACUGGCGGCGCGUACGGCGUCGGCAAGCGCAUGUCCCUCAAGUACACGCGCAAGUGCAUUGAUGCGAUUUUGGACGGGUCGAUUGAAGAAGCGACGUUUGUGGAAGAUCCCAUCUUCCAUGUGAAUGUACCGACGACCGUCCCGGACGUCCCGUCCGACAUGCUCAAGCCUGAGCUCGCAUGGACGGACAAGGCGGCGUACGCCGCGACCGCCCGCAAGCUCGCGGUGGCGUUCCAAGAAAACUUCAAGCAAUACGUGCUGCCCAACCACACGGACUACUCUUCGUUUGGCCCGACCGUCGCGAACUAAAUUGCAUCUCUAUCUAAUAUACUUCACGAUCCUGCACAUGCUGUGCGCCAAGGAACGGCAUGGGCUCGCGAGUCGC